AUAAAAAUAAAAAGUUAAGAGUUAUCCAAAAGUGGAACAGGUUCUUCCUGAGAAGGAGUUGCAACGUUCACCACUCCUACUGGUCUUUAAAUAGAGGCUAGAUGAGUACUUGUCUUUGUUAUAGCGGGGACUCCUUUCAUGGAUGAAUUAGUAUCUACAGCUCGAGAGCCCCAACUCCUGAAUUAUGUGAUUCUGAGAGCAUUCCAGGGAUGUGAGUAAUUGAUGAAAACUCAAGCCGUCACAAGAAGCUUCAGCAUCCUCAGUCUCGUCACAAUUGAGCACUUUGGUGGAACAUGUCCAGCCAACCUUUAGGUGCCAUUGGAACAGGGUGAACCUUUACCUUUGGCCCUAUCUGCUCCCCAGCCAGGUCUAGUACCUGGUGAUCGUUGGGGGGAGGUGGACAAGACCCCUUUCCUUCUCCAGCUAACGGGAGACUUGAGUAACAGUAGCAUGGAAGUGUGAAGGACAGUGACGAGGUCAGAAUUCCUGAAGCCGGGCAACUUCAGGGCUCUGGAAGGCUCUCAAAUUUUCCUAAUCCGCAAACUCUCCACCCCGCUUCCCCUUUGGCUAGGGCGUUCGUUCCCAAGGAGCUACAGCGUCUUUUUCACGCUUUGCAUUUGAAUCGAGGUUGCUAAGCUGGGUUAGGGAAUCCAGGAGCCGGGCUCGACACAAGCCGGAAAGCUUGGAGGCUGCAAAGGAAGGAUCUGCAGAGGCCGGAGACCCCUGGCUCCCUCCCAGGGUGGUGACCACUCCAUCUGAUCAGAGAGGCUGGUGGCUUCCCCGGCGUGGGAAGUGUGUCAGCAGCAGCAGCAACCGCACCUCCACCGGACCCCGGUGCCUGAGGGCGAGGCCGGCCCCGCAACGCGCGCUCAACCCACCCCGGGCGGGCUCGCGACAAGGUCCCUGGAAGCUCUCACCACAAGUCCCUCCCCCCGUUCCCUUUUCCCUUUCCCCUUCCCCCCCUCCCCCUCUCCCUGUCCUGUCCCCCGCCCCACCAACAGCAGCAGCAAACCAACGUGCCUCGGGCUAAUAGAGCACUAACCACCGCAGCCGGGAGGGAGGAAGGAGCCUCCCCCAAGGAGGAGGGGAAGAGUCCGCAACACGGCUAUGCGGGAGAAACGGCUCACCACCGAGCCACCAGUUAUAACAGCAGAAGGAUUUGAAAAUUCUUUAGCAACUGAUGGUUUGCUUGUAGACUACUUCAAUGAAUUUUUAAGUCUUCCAACUUUUUCAGAAGCAAUUAGAUUCAAUGUGGACUAUGGAGUUUUUGAAGUACUUAAUGAUGCCCCAAAUAUUCUAGAAAAGCAACUGAAAAGAAUUCUACGUGAACAAAAACCUCGAAAUCCCAUUUAUGAUGUUAUAAGGAAAGAAAAAUGUGAUAUAAUACCUAAUAAACCAAUUAGCCCUACUAAACAAAGCACUGUAAAGAUCAACUAUAAUAUUAUGUCUCUCAACCGUGAACAAAGUAUCCAGUGGAUUAAGAAAGAGAGACUUCCAGCAUUUCUGGAAAGUGAUUGUUACUUUGAAUACAGGUUAGCUAAACUCAUAUCACAAGUGAGAUGGAGCAGAUCAGGCAUGAAAAUGCACAUAGAUUCUCUUUAUAGGCCCUGGGUUACUAAAAAGCUAGAAGCUCCACCCCCUUCGAUUGCUGAAGAUGAAAAUGAGCUACUUAUGAAAAAAUACUACAUUUCGCUUGGCGAGGCUACAUUUACUCAGACACAAGAUUGGUUUACAAUGGCAAAACAAAGCCAGGCCACAGUGACAACCUUCUCAUCACCUACUAGUAUUAUCAGUUCUAGGAUUCAAGAGAAAGCCUUUGAGGGUGAUAACAUUUUUGAUGAACCUAUGAAGAAAGAUUCAAGCAUUGAUCCUGGAUCAUCAUCAGAAACUUUGAAUGAAAAAGGUUUUCUAUCUGUUAAAGACUCUCCUUCUCAUGCUCUUUUGAGAAUUUAUUUAGAAAGACAAGAGGUCAGUCAGGAUUUGGAAUUAUUUUUCACAACAUUUGAAGAAUUUAUAACUGCUUAUAUAAACUUUAUUAUGAAAUCAGCACUAGCAAAACUUGUUCAACGGCCACUUAAAGAAGAAGUUAUAAACUUCAAUAAUGUUUCACAAGUGGUGAUACAAGCUCCGAAGGAGAAUGUUGAAAGGAAAAUUUCACAUUUUUCUGUUGACAUCAAAAAGAAUGAGUUUGAUGAGAAUGUAGAGCUCGUGAGUUUAUGUUCAAGAACUGAAAGCAUCGGAGUAGAUGCCAGAGCCGAUUGGUGUCUUUCUCAUAAAACUUAUGACAUUGGCACCAGGAAAGAGUUUGAAAGAUUUAAGAAGUUUAUAAAAGGGACAUUAGGGGAGAGAUAUCGGUGGCUCUGGAUGGAUAUUGAAAGAUUAAAGGUUCUUAGGGAUGCUGGAAGACGUCAAAGACACCUUGAGAAGAUGAGAAAAUGCUAUCUAGUGAGUACUGGAGAGUGCUAUCUCACUCCAGAAGUCUUAAUAAAACUUAAUUUAAUAGAUGGAUCUUUUUGGAAUGAGCCACAUUUGAGAUGCAUUCAGGCUGACGUUGUGAAACCCUUACUUCAGUAUUGGGGACCUAGAUUCUGUGUAACACAUAAAUAUGAAAUAAAAAAUGCCAGUGCUGAACUGAAAUUCUGGCAUUCCCGCCAAGAGCAACCAAGGAAAGAUAUCGAUCCUUUCCCACAAAUGGUGACGCUUUUACCACUAAGACCUAAAUCUUGCAUGCCACAGAUUUCUACAUUAAAGAAAGAGGACUUCAUCCAACUACGGUCUUUGAAAUCUGCCAGGAAAUCUCUCAAGAAAUCUGAAAGAGCAGGCUCAGCAACUUUCAGAAAAUCAUCAGGGAAGAGUGAGGCUCCUGAUGAAAUAGCUGAGCAGGAGCUCACUGGGAAGAGUUCUAAGUGCAUGACUAUAAGCAGCAAAGUUAUUCGUUUAACAUCUUUUACUGACAUUUCUGAGUGUCUGAAGCCUCAGUUAGAUAGAAAAUUCAGCUAUACUGAAGAAACUACUGUUAAAAAAGCUCCAGCUGAUGCUGCCUUAUUUGGAUCUGAAAUGGAAAAUUUGCUGCAAUCUUUGUUUGUGGAAAAUAGAGCUGGAUACUUCUUCACUAAGUUCUGUGAACGUUCAGAGAACAAGCUUUGGAAGAACAGUGCAUAUUUUUGGUUUGACCUGCAGGCUUAUCAUCAACUAUUCUACCAAGAAACACUUCAGCCGUUUAAAGUAUGCAAACAGGCACAAUAUCUUUAUGCUAUGUAUGUAGCUCCUUCAGCUACCCUUGAUAUUGGAUUAGAGAAGAAAAAGAAAAAAGAGAUUUAUAUGAAAAUAGACCCACCAUUUGAAGAUCUUUUUGAUGCAGCAGAAGAAUACAUCCUACUCCUCCUUCUUGAACCCUUCAAAGAGAUGGUGAAAUCAGAUCAAAUUAAUUAUGGACAGGUGGAGCUGUUGCAACAAAAUCGACAGCUGGACUCCUGGUAUUUAAGAAAGCUGCAGGCUAUGCACAGAGAAUCUACUCCCAAGACUGAAGAGGAGCCCGUAUUGGAUUUACCACUCCCUUAUAUUCCUAAAGAAACACAACUUUGGAAUAAAGUUCCUAAGGAAUUUAGACAUCUCAACUUUAAUUAUCUGCUUACCAACAAGCUGGAGUUUGAACAUUUUCGUCAGUUUCUUGCUUCUCAUUCUGCUAGUAUGGAUCUCAUGUGCUGGACCGACAUUGAGCAGUUCAGAAGAAUACUUCAUCAAGAUAAAAAGCAAAGAGAAGCAAAAUCAAUAGAGAUUAAAAACAAAUACCUUAACAAGAAAUACUUUUUCGGACCCAACAGCCCAGCUACAAAAGAGCAACAAGAUGAGAUAAUGCAAUUAGGUGGUGGCUGGGGAAUGAUUCUUCAUGAUCAGCUGGCAUCACCUGUUCUGCUGGAAAUUCAAAAAUGUGUCCAAAGGAGGCUAGAAAACAUGUGGUUGCCCUUGUUCCUAUCAUGUGAACAGUUUGCAGCACGUCAAAAAAUAAAGUUGCAGAUGGAGGAUAUAGCUGAAGAAUUUAUACUCAAGAAACGUGGAGAGAAAAUUGGGGUCUGGAAGCCUGAGGAGAGUAAAUGGAUAUCUUCAUCUACUGACAUUAUUGCUUUCCGUAAAGCAUUAUUGAACCCUCUAUUAGCAAAAUUGUUUCAACAAUUUGUAUCACUAAAAGGAGAGUUAUUGGGGAAUGGAGUACUCUUCUGGCAAGAGGUUCAAAAAUAUAAGGACUUGUGCCAUUCUCAUUGUGAGGAUGCUGUUAUCCAGAAUAAGAUCACAACUAUCAUCAACUGCUUUAUUAAUUCCAGUGUUCCACCAGCUCUGCAAAUUGACCUUCCAUUUGAUCAAGCUCAGAAGAUUAUAGAGCACAGGAAAGAAUUAGGACCCUAUGUCUUUAGAGAGGCUCAGAUGACAAUUUUUGGGGUUCUUUUUAAAUACUGGCCAGAGUUUUGUCAGUUUCAAAGCAAUUUAACUGAUGAGAAAGUUAUGAGUACUUUAGAGAGAAGAAAAGAAUUUAAGAAAAAACAGGCCACUUCCAUUGAAGACAGCAAAACAAAGUUACAGGAUGCAUCAAGAACAGCAAGUGGUUCAGUUUCAGGUUCAGGGCGAAUAAGCAGCACCACAGGUUUAAAUAUGCAGGCAUAUAACCGCCAGCCUUCCUGGUGCUACUCAAAAUACAUAGAAGCUCUGGAGCAGGAGAGAACUCUGCUUAAAAUUCAAGAAGAUCUGGAAAAAAAGAUAACAACAAACAACUCAGCAGGCCCCUCAUCAACUAAUAAGGCUUUUGUUUCUUCAUCUUUGCAUAUGAAUGUAACGAAAUGCAAGGUAUUAGAAGACCAGCAAGGGGAGACUUGAAAUACAACUAGUCUAUGAAAUGAGGAGCCUGAAUGACUUUGAAUGAUCUAAGACAAGUCAACAUUAUAAAUAAAAUUUGAUUUCUUUUACUUUAAUGCUUUUCAAAUUAUAGGUAUUCAUAAAUGUUACAGGUGAGUCAUAAGAUAAAUGACUGUAGAUUAGCCUUCUAAUUUGCUUAGUAGAAUUAAAAUAUUUUGCUAUUAGUAACAUAGUAAAAUGACACUACCUUUAAACAACAAAUAUUUACUAAGUUUAUAUUGUAUCUUUUUGUCAACAGCCCUAGGCAAGAGCUAGGGUAGGGAGGGUUUAAAGAUUCAGACUGAUGAAUUUACCUCAUUUAAAGAGAUCUUUUUAAAUCUUUAUUGGUCAUCUUGGAAAAUAGCAUUUAUGAAACUUUUGGACAAAAUAAAAACCCCAUCAUCAACUGGGUUUCAAUUUAAGAUUGUUUCUAAGUUUGUAAAAUGUCUGUUUCAAAUAGCAUUUUUUAUAAAGAGACAGUUUCCAUGUUGUAAAGUCUUUUGAUCUCACUAAAAUUAUAUUAUCAGUUUGUAUUCUUAAAAUUAAGAAAAGUCAUUUUUUGUUGAUAUUUAUAAUGUCUGCACCAUUGACAAUUGUUUCUACAUGAUAAAUAAAUAAAAUCCUUCCCAUGUACCUAUGACCUCUUCUCAGAAAAUCACACACUACAGAAUGGUCUUGUCCCAGUACCCCCUGGCCCUUCAACAGCAAUUUUUUUUUAAUGAAUUUGGAAAAGUAUCUUCUAACAGAAUGCUUCUAUUUCACUUGUCAUUUCAUGUAUCCUGUGGCCUCUAGUGGCCAGUACAGGAUUUGGAAUAUUUUGGAAACUUAAAAGUUUGCUUCUUUUUAAUUACUUCUGCCUUCUCCUGUCACAUAAUUAUUUUAAGCCAAGGAAUCAAGAAAAGUACUAUAACAAUAAAAAUUGUGACCCUAAUUAGUAGUGUGGAUUUUGAGUAGUGUGGUUUGCAAGCAGCUCAAGAGUAACACUAUGAGACUCUCACUCUCACCCACAUGGACAAACACUUGUGGUCAGCAGACCAAAUCUGUCACACAAUAUGUUUGUCUUCUAUCUUGUAUUGUUACUUGUUUCUGAGCUGAAAGAUGUAUAAAAUUACGGGAAACUUAAUUCAUUACUCAGUCUGAGAAAGUUCAUACAAAAUGUUCUACUCAAUAAAUUUAUGGAAAACAUUAACAUGAAAGUGUUAUUGAUAUAGAUGCAUUGUUUUUGUAAUUAUGAAUAAAAAUAAAUUGGUGA